UAUCUCCGACCCGGUCACUGGGUGACCCCCCUUACAGGUUCUCAAACGCCUCCACCGCCACGCCGGUUUUUCCUUCUCCUCGUUCUGACAUCCGUCCCUUACCUUUCAUACAUGGCGCCGUUACUGGGCGAUAACGGGCUACCACCGCGUGGACAACAUGGCCCCGGAGGGACAGCGCCGAAGAAUGUCCUAUAUAUCGAUGCGUAUGACUCUUUCUCCUACAACGUUGUCGCCAUGCUGGAGGAGGUCCUGGAUGUCAAGGUAACGGUCUUGAAGAUUGACUCGAUAUGGCCGGAUGGAAACAUGGCUGCAUUUCUUCAAUGUUUCGAAGCCGUCGUCCUUGGGCCAGGACCGGGGGAUCCGCGGAUACUUGCUGAUGUUGGUAUCAUGGAGGAUAUCUGGAAUCUGAGCUCCACAGACCUUCUUCCGGUCUUCGGAAUCUGUCUCGGCUUCCAGAGCCUUUGCCUUCAUCACGGUGCUCCUAUACGCCGGCUACCACAUCCGUUCCAUGGUCAAGUGCGUCGAGUUCAAACAUCCCAAGCAGACAUCUUCGAAUGCAUACAAGAUUUGGAGGUCACACUAUACCACUCGUUGUAUGCCCAGCUAGAAUCAAUUCAAGAUGACCGCGGUAACCCCACUUUCGUCGGACCCGCAGCGCAAGAGCUUAGUCUUCUUGCAUGGCUAUCCGUUGAACAACACGGCCCCGGCGACUCAAGCCGACUUCCAAUGGCCGUGCGCCAUAAGUCAAGACCCCUCUGGGGUGUCCAAUUUCAUCCGGAAUCCUGCAAGUCAAACAGGGAAGCAUGCAGUGAGAUUCUAAGGAAAUGGUGGGAGAUGGCUCUCCGUUACAAUAAAAUGAACGGACGAUGCAGUUAUCCGAUUCUCACCAGUAGCUUCACUCAAAUCUCAAGCGACAUGACCUCCUUACCAGAAAUCGUCCACACUAUGUUGAAAUGGUCCGCGUCUAUUUCAAAAUAUUCUUCCUUCCGACAUUUUCAUGCGAAGACGCUGGAUGCUGCAACGAUAUACGAGACUCAAAAUAGCCCCGGCUCGCCUGCUGUGCUAUUUAAAUCCAAUGGUCGGUACAGCAUCAUAUCUGUGCCAGGUCCUGCCAGCUGGAGGUUGGAAUACUCUGCACAGAGUGAAACGCUUAUCACGGAAAGGUUCGGCUGCGACAAUCCGCAGACGGUGGUUGAGACGUGCCUGCCCGUGAGCCGCUUCUGGGAUGUCCUCCGGUACUUGAUGGAUAUGAGAAAAGUUGAGUCAGGCAGUGAAAAUGUCCCAUUCUGGGCAGGCUUUUUGGGGUACUUUUCUUACGAGAUGGGUCUUGCUUGCCUCGCUCGUCCAAAGGACGGCGACCACAGCCAUUCAGGGUUUCGUUCGUCCGUUAGUGGCAAUUCAACAGACGAUCCGGCAGAUUCCAGUUUACUAUGGACCGAACGGAGCGUUAUCCUCGACCAUGAGACAGGACGUGUCACUGUACAGUCCACACUGGAGGCCGACAACUUGCGUGACGGAUGGCUCGAUGAAACAUGCCGGCUUCUACAAGAAAAGUCAGCUCACGCUAUGCCGGACGAGGCAGAUGACAAAUUUAUAUCUGAUGUCAAGCUCCUGGAUUCCGUGCUCCGUCGAGGUGUAGUACAAUUCCCGGACCAGCAAAGCUACAACAAACAGUUUGAGGCUUGUACCGCUGAACUGUACGCUGGCGAGUCGUACGAACUCUGUCUCACCUGCGAAACAACAAUAACGUUGCCCUCACCUGAGAGUGAUCGUGACAGCGUUCGCCUUCCUUGGAUACUAUACAAGCGCCUUCAAAGGUACAAUCCUGCCGCAUUCAGUGCAUUUGCAAAACUUGGAGAUGUCAAAAUCGUGAGCAGCAGCCCUGAAUGCUUCAUCAACUGGGACCGCGAAUCUACACUGGAGAUGAAGCCCAUGAAAGGCACGGUGAGGAAAUCAGAUGGCAUGACGCUUGAGAGAGCUAGAGAAAUUCUCGGCUCAAGGAAGGAGGUUGCCGAAAACCUCAUGAUUGCCGAUCUCAUCCGGCAUGAUCUCUACGGUAUUUGUGGAUCUCGUGGCGUUCACGUCGAGAAACUUCUCGAGGUCGAGGAUAAUGGACGCGUUUAUUCCAUGAUCACACAUGUCAAAGGCGAGGUUCAUCCCGCCCGACCCGGGUUUGCUGCGCGAGACAUGCCUCAACUUCGCUCGGCCGACAUGUCGGCAUACGGACUGACGGCUCUACAAAGAUGCCUUCCACCUGGUUCCAUGACCGGUGCCCCGAAGGAACGCUCCUGCAUGCAUCUCUCAUCUAUUGAGGCCCGCAAGCGCGGGGUGUACUCCGGCGUCAUGGGGUUCCUGGAUCUCGGAGGAGGCGGCAGCUUUUCGGUUUUGAUUCGCUCCGCCUUCAGUUCUUCCCGCGACCUCGACGACAAACAGAAAUGGCGAAUUGGGGCUGGGGGGGCUGUUACGGUUUUGAGCACCGCAGAAGGUGAAUGGGAGGAGAUGUUAACGAAACUAAACACGGUUUACGGGAUUUUCAAGCCGCUCGGCACAAGUGGUUCUGCUGAUUGACGGCAAGUGAAGUGUUGUUGGUUUCUCAGGCCUUACUUCAAUUUCCAAAAACCGUAUCCGUAUCUCGUGUGUCGGAUUCUUCAUCGACAAUAGACUGCUCGAGCUUAGAUGUCUACAAUUCCUCUCCCGCUUGAACAGCUGAGGCGGAACACCGACCAGCAACCACCUGACGUGGAUCAAUCUACCAUAAUCGCCAAUAUCGGGCUCGCAGAGAUACGCCAAUGGGUUUGCACCAGAAUGAACAAGGCGAUAUAUAACGGUGUCACACCGGCCAUCGUGAUCUGGUCACGUUCUAUGCACGCAAUGGCCACCGCUAUUGCCCGAAGCAUCCUACUGAUGGCUUUAGGUCACGGUCAUACCUGGCUGCUUGAUUGAUUGAUUGAUAAUCUUGACUAACUCCCGACGGGCGGAUAUUGUUGGCCCGGCGGCCCACCCACCCGUCGAGGGGGUAUGAACUGGCCGUUCCAAAAAAUAAACACACGAUUAUGG